AUGGCCAAGCUCCCUGCUUAUGACAACUUGCCCAUUGACCGUACCAAGGCACCUGAUUCUAGCGCAUGGGGAGUUUUUGGAGAGAACGAUAAUUUGGGCACGCUCAACUUGUUGACGGAGGAGCGAGUUGCCAAGGCUGCUCAAGACAACGUGAAGCGUGGUGCUGUAUUCUCACUCAACUGGAAACUCGAGUUGCCAUGGCCACCACCACAUAAUCGAGAAGCGAUCCAACACCGCGUCAAAGAUCGAUUUGAAAACAAAGGAUUUGGCGCCGUUCACAACAACUGGUUUGAUGAUGUUAUUGAAAUCAAUACCCAGUCCUCUUCCCAAUGGGAUGGAUUACUCCAUGUUGGCAAUAUGGAAACUGGAAAAUUUUACAAUGGUGUAUCACCUGAUGAUCUUUCACAAGAGCAACAUUCCCAUCGUCUCGGUAUUCAUCACAUGGCACGCCGUGGUAUUGCAGGACGUGCUGUUUUGCUUGAUUAUGAGCGAUGGGCUACUAAGCAAGGUAAACAAGUUGACCCAUUCACAUGCCAUGUCAUCACGCUGGAUGAGCUCAAGCAAGUUGCAAAGGAUCAGCAUGUUGAAUUUAUGCCUGGGGAUAUCUUGCUGCUGCGUACAGGAUGGAUGGCUGCGUAUGAACGUGAUAGCAAGGCAGUGGAUUUCAACAACCUCCAUUGCAUUGGUGUCGAGGCAUCUGAAAGCAUGUAUCGCUUUAUAUGGGAUAAUCACUUUGCAGCUGUCGCUAGUGAUAACGUUGCAUUUGAAGCGUAUCCAACCAAGGACUGGUCCAAUUCAUGCCACACCCAUUUCCUUGCCGGAUUUGGAAUGCCUAUUGGCGAAAUGUUUGAUCUCGAAAAGCUUGCAGAAGAUUGUGCCAAGGAUGGUCGCUAUUCAUGCUUCUUCACAAGUGCCCCUCUUAACAAGUAUCAAGGUGUGGCAACCCCUCCCAAUGCCUUGGCCUUGAAAUAG